GUCGCCGGCGCGGUCAUGGCGUGGUGCGCCGUAAGGGCGCUGGAGUGGGCGUGGUGGAGGCCCCGGCGGCUGGAGCGGGCGCUGCGGUCGCAGGGCCUCCGAGGCACGGCGUACCGCUCCCUGGCCGGCGACGCGCUGCUGCUCGUGCGGCUCAGCAAGGAAGCCAGGUCCCAGACCAUGCCGCUGGGCUGCCAUGACAUCGUGCCGCGAGCGAUGCCACUGCACCACCAAACCAUGAAGGAACACGGUAAAAUGUCGAUCACCUGGUUUGGGCCGGUGCCAAGAGUGACCAUCACAGAACCUGAACUGGUGCGAGAAAUUCUGUCCAACAAGUUCGGCCACUUUGAGAAGCUCACGUUUGGCCGACUUCAGAGGAUGUUGCACAACGGCUUGGCUAUCCAUGAGGGCGAAAAAUGGGCUAAGCAUAGAAGGAUCAUCAACCCUGCCUUCCAUCUGGAGAAGCUCAAGCGCAUGUUGCCGGCUUUUGUAGAAUGUUGCACGGAGGUGGUACAUAGAUGGGAAGGUUUAGCAGCCGCUGAUGUGCCAUGCGAGGUAGAUGUCUGGCCUGCUAUGCAGAACCUGACAGGGGAUGUCAUCUCCCGCGCUGCAUUCGGCAGCAACUACCUCGAGGGCAUGAGGAUAUUCCAGCUUCAGGUGGAGCAGGUCCAGCUCAUGAUGCUGGCCAUCAACAGGAUACAUAUCCCCGGUUACAUGUUCUUCCCAACAAAAGGCAACCGAAGGAUGAAGCAGAUUGCUGCGGAGAUCGGGAGGAUCCUAAAAGGGAUCAUCACAAAAAGAGAGAACGCUUUGAAAGCAGGAGAAGCUACAAGUGAUGAUCUUCUCGGGCUGCUGCUAGAGUCGAACAUGGAACACUGCAGGGGAGACGGCACCGGUAUCACAACAGACGACGUGAUUGGAGAAUGCAAGUUGUUCUACUUCGCCGGUGCGGAAACCACGUCGGUGCUGCUCACGUGGUCGAUGAUUGUGCUCUGCAUGCACCCAGAGUGGCAGGACCGUGCCAGGGAGGAGGUCAUGCUUGUCUUCGGCGCCAGCGCGCCUGAUUACGAUGGCUUAAGUCGCCUAAAAAUCGUGACCAUGGUGUUGUACGAGGUAUUGCGACUAUACACGCCAGCGCCGGCGCUCCAGCGCAAGACAUACAAGCCGAUGGAGCUUGGUGGCAUCAGGUACCCGGCGGGCGUGGUGCUCACGCUGCCUGUUUUGUUCAUCCACCACGACAAAGAUGUUUGGGGCGCGGACGCUGAUGAGUUCAAGCCAGAGAGGUUCGCCGAGGGGAUCUCCAAGGCGUCUGUUGACACGCCAGCAUUUUUCCCGUUUGGCUGGGGCCCACGCAUCUGCGUUGGCCAGAACUUCGCGCUGCUUGAGGCCAAGAUGGGAAUCGCCAUGAUUCUGCAGCGCUUCUCCUUUGAGCUCUCGCCGUCCUAUAGGCACGCGCCGUUCCCCAUCGGCUUGCUGCAGCCACAGCAUGGCGCGCAACUCAGGCUCACGAGGCUUCCGUGA